GUUAAAAGUCUGAAUCUCAUUUUCUGUGAGCUGAGGAGGGGUGGGAAUCAAGGCGUUCAUCCACAAAGAUAACGAGACGACGCUAGCCAAAUUGGUGAGGCCGUCUUAUUCAGGUAUGGCCUCCUUCCCAUCGCUGACUGGACAACUGCCCCUGCAGCUGAUUGCUGAGAUUAGGCUGGAGAAAAUGCGUAAGUACUACAGGUCUAUCUUCAUCAACAACAAUUUAUGCACAUCAGAACAAUGGUCCUUGUUCUUUCGUGCUCUGACCCCGACAUUUGAUGACAUGAUGAAUAUUGAGGAGCUCAGCCUUAAACUGUUGUGUACCCUGUAUGAUAUAAUGAGUAAGCUGCAUCACUGCUUGGAGGUAGUGUCUGUGAUAGAUGCAUUCACAGAGAACCAAUUGCUGGCCAGCUUCACUCUCGCUGUCAUGGACUAUUAUGAAAAUGAGAAGCUGAAUUGGUCCCAGACUUUCAGCUUCAAGAUGACCGCACUGCAGGCUGCUACAGAGUUGAAGAGAGUUCCACUGAUUUUUCUGAGGAGGGAGGACAUAACAGAAGGUGUGUCUACGGUAGAAUGCCUGAUGUCUGAAGCACCAGAAGAUUUG